CUGCCUCCACCGUGGUCCCCAUCCCCGGCACCUUCUCCUGGCCUCUGGCCGCCCGUGGCAAGCCCCGCCGCGGCAUGCUGCGCCGCGCCGUCUUCUCCGACGUACAGCGCAAGGCGCUGGAGAAGAUGUUCCAGAAGCAGAAGUACAUCAGCAAACCCGACAGGAAGAAGCUGGCAGCCAAGCUGGGCCUCAAGGACUCGCAGGUGAAGAUCUGGUUCCAGAACAGGAGGAUGAAAUGGAGGAACUCCAAAGAAAGAGAGCUCCUCUCUUCUGGUGGCUGCAGAGAACAGACCCUACCCACCAAGUUCAACCCUCACCCAGACCUCAGUGACGUAGGCAAGAAAUGCUCGGGAGAGGAGGAGGAGGAGGAAGUUCCCCCUGUGUGCCCACCCAGCCCCCGGCAUCCCUUACCCUACCACCAGUCCCCAGAACAUCUACACCUGAGGGACAGACUGGACUCCCAUAUGUCUCCUUCUCCAUCCCAUUCUAGCAGCCCCAGCAAACCUUCAGACUUCUCAGACUCAGAGGAAGAGGAUGAUGAAGGAGAAGAGGAAGAGGAGGAGAUAACAGUCUCUUAG